UAUAGUUAUUGUUAUGUCCAUUAUAGAGUUUGUGUCCAAGCUGUACAGUUCAUCAUAUGUAGCGGAUUAACCUUGGUAACAUCACCUAUUGGAAGAUUGUAGUUGAUAUCCCCAUUAAGUCUGUGUCCAAGCUGUGCAGUUCAUCAUAUCUUGACCACAUCACCUAUUGGAAGAUUGUUGUUUAUAUUUACAGUGAGUGUUGAGCUGAUACAGUGCGUAGUAUCCUGUUAAAAGAAAUAAACUAUUUUGCAAAAGAGGAAUGAAAUAUGACCUCAUCAAAGGACAUUACAUGGACCACAGCGGCAUUACUUAAUGUGAUUUAAUCUGUAUCUGGAAUGUACCACAUAUCAGUGUAAGAAAUUUAUAACUCUUUAGGAUACGAAUAUGGUGUGUAUUCUUUAUUGAUAUUUAAUAUCGUCUUAUAGGACUCGCCACACAUUCAAAAUGGAGCAACCAUUACCGUUAUUAAUUCCAGAAAAACAACAAACUGCGUGUAUAAUUGACUCACCACACCGAAGAGCAGCUGGUGCAAUCAAGAUCGACAAAGAAACUAUUAACGGAAAUAUUAACAUUGACCAGAGCGAUAAAAACUAUGCAUUACUAGAGGCUUGUAGAAAUGGACCGUUUGGUGAUGUUAAACAGCUAAUAGAACAGGGUGCUGCUAUCAAUUGUAAAGAUUUAUACGGAAGAACAUGUAUGUUACUUUGUAGCACAUCACUCUUUGAACCCAUUGAGAAAAUAGAGUUAGUGAGAUCAAAGGGGGGCAAUAGUCAAGAUACUGAUGAUAAUAAUGAGAAUAUGUUACACUUGGCUUGUCGUAGUGGUACACUAGAAACUGUAAGACAUCUAAUUAAUCAAGGCUUAGAUAUCCAUACUAAAGGGAGAAUGGGUAGAACAUGUAUACUGUUAUGCAGUCAAUCACAAACACAAGCCAUUGAGAAAAUAGAAUUAUUAAGGUUAAAGGGGGGUAAUAUAUUUGAUAUUGGUGAAGACAAGCAUACUAUGUUACACCUAGCUUGUAUGUCGGGUACACUAGACACUGUACGCCAUCUGAUAGGCCUGGGCGUAGAUAUAAACGCCAAAUGUAGAAUAAACGGUACAUGUAUCUUACAUUGCUGUCAGUCAGAAACACAAACCAUUGAGAAAAUAGAAUUUUUAGGGUCAAAGGGAGGUAAUAUUAAUGAUACUGAUAUUCAAAAUAAUGGUAUAUUACAUAAAGCCUGUGCUUUUGGUACAUUGGAUACCGUAAAAUAUCUGAUAGAUCUUGGGUUAGAUAUCAACACUAGAGGUUUUAAUGGUGGUACAUGCAUGUUAUGUUGCUGUCAAUCAGAAAAACAGGCCAUUGAGAAAAUAGAAUUAUUACGAUCAAAGGGAGGUAAUAUUUAUGAUACCGAUGACGAUAAUAGUGGUAUGUUACACGCAGCUUGUAUUUCCAGUACUCUAGACACUGUAAAAUAUCUGAUAGAUCAAGGGUUGGAUAUAAACGCUAAAGGUCUUAAUAGUAGUGUGGGUUUAUUAUAUUCCUGUCAGUCAGACACACAAGCCAUUGGGAAAAUAGAAUUAUUGAGACUGAAGGGGGCUAAUAUCUAUGCCACCGAUGAAAACAAUAACAGUAUGUUACAUUUGGCUUGUAUUUCGGGUACAUUAAAUACCGUGGAAUAUCUGAUAGAUCUAGGGUUGGAUAUAAACACCAGAGGUUUCAAUGGCAGCACGUGCAUUUUAAGUGCUAGUAAAUCUAAAACACAAGCCAUUGAGAAAAUUGAAUUAUUAAGGCUAAUGGGUGGUAAUAUCUAUGACACCGAUGAUCAAAAUAAUGAUAUUUUACACAUGGCUUGUGCUUUUGGUACAUUAGAUACCGUAAAAUAUCUGGUAGAUCUCGGAUUGGAUAUAAACAGAAAGGGUCUGAAAGGUAGAAAAAGCAUCUUACAUUGUUGUCAAUCAGAAACACAGCCCAUUGAGAAAAUAGAAUUAUUACGGUCAAAGGGGGCCAGUGUUUAUGACAAUGGGGACGACAACAACGGUAUGCUGCAUCUAGCCUGCGUUUUUGGUACAUUUGAUACUGUAAGAUAUCUGGUAGAUCUAGGGUUAGAUAUACACACAAAAGGUUUUAAGAAUAGAACAUGUGUGUUAAUGUGCAGCGAAUCUGAAAUACAAGCAAUUAAUAAAAUAGAGUUACUAAGGUCAAUGGGGGCUGAUAUUAGUAAUGCUGUUUUAAACCGAGCAUGUGCGUUUAGUACGUUAGAUACGGUAAGAUAUCUGUUAGAUCUAGGGUUAGAUAUAAACACUAAAGAUCAUAAAGGUAGGACAUGUAUCCUACAAUGUACAAAGUCUAAAAGACAAGCAAUUGAUAAAAUUGAAUUAGUAAGGUCAAAGGGAGGUAAUAUAUAUGAUACAGAUGACAACAGCAACGGUAUGUUACAAUUGGCGUGUAUUUCGGGUACCUUAGAUACCGUGGGGUAUCUGAUAGGCCUUGGUUUAAAUAUAAACAAUAAAGGGUUUCAAGGUAGAUCGUGUAUCUUGCUAUGCAGCGAAUCGAAAAUACAAGCAGUGGAUAAAAUAGAAUUAUUACGGUCAAAGGGAGGUAAUAUUCAUGAUAAGGAUGGUCUUAAUAAUGGUAAUAUGUUACACAUCGCGUGUGCAAACGGCACAGUAGACACCGUUCAGUAUCUAGUGAAACAGGGUCUAGAUACCCGAACUAAAGAUGAGUCAGGAAACACACCCGUUUCAUUGAGCUUUAGGUCUGGUGUGCAGUCACAUGAAAAGGUUGAAUAUUUGAAGUCGAAAGGGGCGAAACUUCCAUUGCGCAUGCGGCCAAUAUAUCAUAUUAGAAAGGUGCUAAAACACAAAUCUCACAGGAAAUGAAUGUAUGUAAUACUUGGUGAUGACAAACGGCUUUGUUUAUUUGUAGCCUUGUGCGUGCGCCUUGUAUCAUAAAGUCUGUCGUUGAGUCAACUGGCUUGAUUUCGAUUUCCCGCUUGUACAGGAUAAUGGUCGACUGACCAACCUCGUGGGUUUUCUCCGGGCACUCCGGUUUCCUCCCGCUGCUAAAUAUAAUUGAACCAUAUGUUAGUCCCGCGAAAAGACCUUGUUUGUGUCGAGUGAGCGUAAAAUCCCAUCACUGGCGAAAGCAUAAAAUUAUUAAAAUGGAUUCAUACUGGCUGUUUUUCUGUCAGCCCGUCGUACAUCUUGGGACAAAAUAAACGUUACAAAUCAAUUUUGUAAAAUGUUCAAAUCGCUUUAAAUUUAGUUUCGUAGGUUGAUAUUUCAGUUCAAGUGUAUGUUAUUGUUUCAAAGUAUUUUACUUUGAUCUGUAUAUCAUUUUAUGUAACCUGAAAUUUCAUAAGGUUCCCAUUCCUUAUCACUUUGGUAUUGUUUGUAUAAUUCCAUUAAAUAAUUUGGUAGAGACAGGAUAUCCUUAGGGUUAGGGUACCCUGUGCUCGGUAAAAAGUCUACCAUAUAAUUUACCACCAGUUCAUUGUUUGUAUAAUUUACCCAUCAUGUCAUUGUUUGUAUAAUUUACCCAUCAUUUCUUUGUAUAAUUUACCCAUUAUUUCAUUGGUUGUAUAAUUUACCCACCAUUUCAUUGAUUGUAUAAUUUACCCACCAUUUCAUUGGUUGUAUAAUUUACCCAUCAUUUCAUUGUUUGUGUAAGUUACCCAUCAUUUCAUUGAUUGUAUAAUUUACCCAUCAUUUCUUUGUAUAAUUUACCCACCAUUUCAAUGUUUGUAUAGUUUACUCACGAUUUCAUUGUUUGUAUAAUUUACCCAUCAUUUCUUUGCUUGUAUAAUUUACCCAUCAUUUCAUUGUUUGUAUAAUUUACCCACCAUUUCAUUGUCUGUAUAAUUUGCCCACCAUUUCAUUGUUUGUAUAAUUUAUCCACCAUUUUAGUGUUUGUAUAAUUUAAACAUCAUUUCAUUGUAUAAUUUACCCAUCAUUUCAUUGUUUGUGUAAUUUACCCAUCAUUUCAUUUUUUGUGUAAUUUACCUAUCAUUGCAUUUUUUUUACAUUUUACUCACCAUUUUAAUGUUUGUAUAAUUUACCCAUCAUUUCAUUGUUCAUCCAGAUUUUCCGGCGUGAUUCCCCCUCGUCAGUGAUGCAGGACGGAGGGCCUGACAAGGACAGCUGUCUAGUCCUUCGGAUAAGCCGAAACACCGAGGUCCCGUGUAUACAUUGGAAUGCACGUAAAAGAUCCCUUGGCAGUUGGAAUUCGAUAUAAGAGUAGGCGAUAGUGCCGCUGCCCGGGCAAAAUUUCCCUCAUAACACACUGUAUGGCGUAUGCCCGUCUUCAUUAGCCCAGCAUAGGAGCAGAACAGUAGGACGUUAAACCCCAUUUCAUUUCAUUUCAUUUCAUUGUUCUUAUAUUUUACUCACCAUUUGAUUGUUUGUAUAAUUUACCCAUCAUUUUAUUGUUUGUAUAUUAUUAUACCAUAUGUUUGUCGCAAUAUAUAUUCAUUUAUUUUUUGUAUAAUUUACCAACUAAUCCUAAGUCGUUCGGAUAUUACGAAAAACCAAGGUGUCGUGUACACAUUUCAUUGUUUGUAUAAUUUGUUUCACCAUUUCAUUGUUUGUAUAAUUUGUUUCACUAUUUCAUUGUUUGUAUAAUUUGUUUCACCAUUUCAUUGUUUGUAUAAUUUGUUUCACUAUUUCAUUGUUUGUAUAAUUUACCCACUAUUUCAUUGUUUGUAUAAUUUACCAACUAACCGCAUAGUCGUUAGGAUAGGACGGAAAACCGAGGUGUCCUGUACACAUUUGAGUGCAGGUUUAGAUCCCGUGGUACUUGGAAUUCGAUAUAAGAGUAGGCCAUAGCGCCGCUGUCCGGGCAACAUUUCUCCCAUAGCACACUUUAUGGCGUAUGCCCGUCUUCAUAAACCCAGUCAGAGCAGAACAGCAGGACGCUAAACCCCAUAUUAUUUCAUUUCAUUUUAUUUUUACCAACUAAUCCAUAGUACUAUAUGUAUUUGUUUAUUGAUGCGGUAAUAAAACCAAUUUUAUUAUUUUAA